AUGCUGACCGCGCUGGACGUUCUACUGCUCAUCAUUUGCGCCACAAAGACUCAAGCCGGACCUCUCAUAUAUCCAAGAUAUGUCAACGCUGUAUCGAACGCCAUCUCGCCAAGUUCUGCAGGAUCAACCACGACUCCCUUCACAUUCUAUAAUGCCGAGGGCUCAUCGUCGAUCAGCUCAGCUCACGAUGAACCGACUUCCUCCUCCGCUCAGUCUAUGAGCUCUUCGUCAACUCUGCUAGCCUACAAUAGCAACAACCCAGCUCGCACGCCAAGCUCAACAUCGCAAUCCGCCUCUGCAAGUAAGGCGUUUUCCUUCAGUUAUGAUCCAGCAUCUUCCACAAGCAGUGUCAACAGUGCGGCAAGCACAUAUCCCACAACGGCCACAGCAGACACAUCUAUGGCAUAUAGCUAUGCUCCUUCUCAGCCACAGCCCUCGAGCUCUGCAAGUCAGAUUUACGCAACCACUUCGGCAAACAAGCCUACGAUCUUGUGGAGUACCACAAUUUUGACACUAUACACGACUGUACAGCCAUACAAAGGUGUUGCUCCUACAUCGAGUGCCUUGUCAUCGACCGCAGAUGCAAAUGGUGGUUCAAAUGGGCCGACUAGUAGCACUACUUUGACUCUAUACACGACUUUGUAUGCGUCAAGUUUCAGCAGCACUAUUAGCUCGGAACAGUCCGCCGCACCUCAGUCAACGUCGAUAGCGGCUUAUAGCAGCACGGCUGUAGAGAGCAAUCCAAGCACUCAGCCCACCACAACAUCGACAUCCUCACGCAGCAGCACUGCGUUGGACUACUCAUCAUCUAUUGAUGGAUCCUCGAUUACAAGCACAGCGACAGUAGCAGAAUCCUUAGCCUCGCAAUCAAACCCUUCGCUCCAGACGUCCUUCGUCUACACUCCUGAGAGCCCGUCAAGCUCAGAUCCAUCACCUACCACGACUUCCGCGAGCGCCGUGCCAUCACAAGAAACCCAACAGCCGAGCGGUCUGCCAUAUGUCGUAACGCAAAGGCCGGAAACAGCUUCUAGCAGUGCAUUGUCGACUUACAGUGCUCUGCCAGGGAUCACAAUCAUACCUGUGAUCCCGACUACCGAAUCGAGCUCGAGCUCGCAGUGCGCGGUUACGAUCACUGUCACUGUUACAGAUCCUGGCGCAACGACCACGGUAGCCCAGAAGACGAUCAGCAGUGUCGGCAUGGAACACGAAGAUUUGAAUACGGGCCUGGGUUCAGCGUCAAAACGAUGGGAAGGUUGCAAGGGCGGCGGUAAUGCUUCUUCGAAGUGA